CGGGCUUCUGUGAAACAUGGCGGUCGGCUGGGACCGUAACACAAGCAUGACUAUAUGAAAGAAGAAGAAGGUUUUCCUGAAGAUGAGGCGACUGAAUCGGAGGAAAACCUUAAGUUUGGUGAAAGAGUUGGAUGCCUUUCCAAAGGUUCCUGAGAGCUAUGUGGAGACUUCAGCCAGUGGGGGUACAGUUUCUCUAAUAGCAUUUACCACUAUGGCUUUAUUAACUAUAAUGGAAUUUUCAGUAUAUCAAGAUACAUGGAUGAAGUAUGAAUAUGAAGUAGACAAGGAUUUUUCUAGCAAAUUGAGAAUCAAUAUAGAUAUUACUGUUGCCAUGAAGUGUCAAUAUGUUGGAGCAGAUGUAUUGGAUUUAGCAGAAACAAUGGUUGCAUCUGCAGAUGGUCUAGUUUAUGAACCAGCAAUAUUUGAUCUUUCACCACAGCAAAGAGAGUGGCAGAGGAUGCUACAGCUGAUUCAGAGUAGACUGCAAGAAGAACAUUCACUUCAAGAUGUGAUAUUUAAAAGUGCUUUUAAAAGUGCAUCAACAGCACUUCCACCAAGGGAAGAUGAUUCGUCACAACCUCCAGACGCUUGCAGAAUUCGUGGUCAUCUGUAUGUCAAUAAAGUAGCAGGGAAUUUUCACAUAACUGUGGGCAAGGCAAUUCCACAUCCCCGAGGUCAUGCACACUUGGCAGCACUUGUCAACCAUGACUCUUACAACUUUUCUCACAGAAUAGAUCAUUUGUCUUUUGGAGAACUUGUUCCAGGAAUUAUUAAUCCUUUAGAUGGAACUGAAAAAAUUGCAUUAGAUCACAACCAGAUGUUUCAAUAUUUUAUUACAAUUGUGCCAACAAAAUUACAUACGUACAAAAUUUCAGCAGACACCCAUCAGUUUGCCGUGACAGAAAGGGAACGUGUUAUUAACCAUGCUGCGGGCAGCCAUGGAGUCUCUGGGAUUUUUAUGAAGUAUGAUCUCAGCUCUCUUAUGGUGACAGUUACCGAAGAGCAUAUGCCUUUCUGGCAGUUUUUUGUAAGACUUUGUGGUAUUGUUGGAGGAAUCUUUUCAACAACAGGCAUGUUACAUGGAAUUGGCAAAUUUAUAGUUGAAAUAAUUUACUGUCGUUUCAGACUUGGAGCCUACAAACCUGUCAAUUCUGUUCCCUUUGAAGAUGGCCACACGGACAACCAUGUACCUCUUUUAGAAAAUAAUACACAUUAACAUCUCCCAAGUAAAGGAGAAGAACUUUUUGCCUGAGACAUAAAACCUUUUUUAAUAAUAAAAUAUUGUGCAAUAUAUUCAAAGAAAAGAAAAUAUGAAUGAAAAAUAGAAAUCACACCUAGGGACAAAAAAAAAACCCCCAAACUGAAAUCCUAUAUGUUCCUUGUCUGUUACAAAUGUUCUAGAAGAAAUUAUGCAGCUAAUCUAUAAUCAGUGAAUAAGCCCAGCUGGAGUAUUGCUUUGAACAUGACCCCUUCUGAUAUUUUCAUAGCAGAUGGGCAGUAUUGAAAUCAGACCUUGCUUCUUGAUGACAAAGAGCCUAAAGGAAGAAGUCAAAUCACAUCUAAAGAAAAUGGCAUUGAUAAGUGCAAAUGUUUUCAUCUCGUUGUUUUUUUAAAGAUAUGAUGUCAGAAUAAAAUAUGUAAAACAUAUGGAAAACUAGUGUAGACUUUAAAAAGUGUGGUCAGGUCACAUUGUUAAUAAAGGAAAAGGCGGGGUCCCUGUGUUAUAGCCAUAUUACUGUUAAGCCAUAAUGACAAGA